CCAGCCCCCCCCCCCACCGUCUGUGGCAGAAGCUGAGCAGCAAGCGACGAUGGCAGCUCCCGCAGAAAAUCAUUUUGCACACAUUCUUCAGGUGCUUGACUCUAAAAAACCUGAAGGGAAGUUUUUUAACCUUGUAAAAUUACAAGACCCCCGAUACGAACGGCUUCCAUAUUCUAUUCGUGUGCUGCUCGAGUCUGCCGUGCGCAAUUGUGAUGGAUUCCACGUGCAAAAGGAUGAUGUCUUCAACAUCAUGGAGUGGAAGGAGACACAGAAGAAAAGUGUCGAGAUCCCCUUUAAACCAGCCCGCGUCAUUCUGCAAGACUUCACUGGUGUCCCAGCUGUGGUGGACUUUGCGGCUAUGAGAGAUGCUGUAAAGCUGCUCGGAGGAGACCCUGAGAAGAUAAACCCCAUUUGCCCUGCUGACCUUGUCAUCGACCACUCUAUUCAGGUUGACAGCAGUGGAAAAACCGAAAGUCUUAACAAGAAUCAGCAACUGGAGUUUGAAAGGAACAAGGAGCGUUUCGUUUUUCUAAAGUGGGGGUCCCAGGCAUUCAGGAAUAUGCAAAUCGUGCCACCUGGUUCAGGCAUCGUGCACCAGGUUAACCUUGAAUAUCUGGCGAGGCUGGUGUUUGACCUGGGUGGCCACUACUACCCAGACAGUGUUGUGGGCACUGACUCGCAUACUACUAUGAUCAAUGGACUCGGCAUACUUGGAUGGGGUGUUGGUGGGAUUGAGGCAGAGGCGGUGAUGCUUGGGCAGCCUAUUAGCAUGGUGCUGCCAGAGGUGGUGGGAUACAAGCUGGUAGGCAAAGUAAACCCAAUUUCCACCUCAACUGAUGUGGUCCUCACCAUCACGAAGCACCUUCGUCAGAUCGGUGUGGUUGGCAAGUUUGUGGAGUUCUUUGGGCCUGGUGUGCUGCAACUUUCAAUUGCGGACCGUGCAACCAUCGCCAAUAUGUGUCCCGAGUAUGGUGCCACCGUGGGUUUCUUCCCCGUGGAUGCUGUCAGCAUCAAGUAUCUCCAGCAGACGGGCCGGGACCAGGAAAAAAUCACCAUCAUUGAAAAAUACCUGAAGGCUGUGAAGAUGUUCAGGGACUUUGGUGAUUCUUCUGAAGACCCAGACUUCACUCAGGUGGUGGAGUUGGACUUGGCCUCAGUGGUGCCCUCCGUAAGUGGCCCCAAGCGACCUCAUGAUAGAGUUGCCAUUGACGACAUGAAAGUGGACUUCCAGAGCUGUCUCAACGCUAAGGUUGGUUUUAAAGGGUUCCAAAUACCGUUGGAGAAACAGAAAGAUGUGUCUCUCUUCAAAUAUGAGGACAAAGAAUACGAGCUGAAGCAUGGCUCUGUGGUGAUUGCUGCCAUCACCAGCUGUACCAACACCAGCAAUCCCACAGUGAUGCUGGGAGCAGGUUUGCUCGCAAAAAAGGCGGUGGAGGCAGGGCUGAGUGUGAAGCCCUACAUCAAGACUAGUCUGUCUCCAGGUAGUGGCGUCGUGACAUACUACCUCAACUCCAGCAAGGUCAUGCCCUACCUCCAGAAACUUGGGUUUGAGGUUGUGGGCUACGGCUGCAUGACUUGCAUUGGCAACAGCGGACCUCUCCCAGAGCCCGUUGUUAAAGCAAUUGGAGAUAAAGACCUGGUGGUCUGUGGAGUUCUUUCGGGCAACAGGAACUUCGAGGGCCGGAUUCACCCCAACACACGCGCCAACUACUUGGCAUCACCCCCACUGGUGAUCGCCUAUGCCAUUGCUGGAACUGUUGACAUCGACUUCCGAAUUGAACCAUUGGGUAUAAAUGCGGAUGGAAAGCCAGUGUACCUGCAAGACAUUUGGCCGACCAGAGAGGAAAUCUACGCAAUAGAGAAAUUGAACGUGAUUCCCAGCAUGUUCAAGGAGGUCUACAGCAGCAUCAAGACGGGGAAUGAAUGUUGGAAUUCCUUGGAAGCCCCGAUCACGAUGCUAUAUCCUUGGGAUCCAUCCUCAACAUAUAUAAAGUCUCCUCCAUUCUUUGAAAACAUGAUGAGGGAAUUGCCUCCAUGUCAGCCCAUCUCCAAUGCAUACGUUCUGUUAUUCCUGGGAGACUCCGUCACAACGGACCACAUCUCCCCAGCUGGAAACAUUGCCAGGAACAGCUCUGGUGCUCGCUACCUUGAGGGACGGGGAAUCACCCCUCGAGAGUUCAACUCGUACGGCUCUCGCCGAGGCAACGAUGCUGUGAUGGCUCGAGGGACGUUCGCCAAUAUCCGCCUCUUCAACAAGUUCAUUGGAAAGGCUGAGCCCAAGACGAUUCAUUUACCAUCAGGAGAUAAACUGGAUGUAUAUGAUGCGGCAGAAAAGUACAAGCAGGAGGGGCAUCAGCUCAUCAUCUUGGCAGGAAAAGACUAUGGCUCUGGCAGCUCGCGGGACUGGGCAGCCAAGGGGCCCUUCCUUCAGGGCAUAAAGGCGGUCUUGGCAGAGAGUUUUGAACGAAUUCAUCGCAGCAACCUGGUAGGCAUGGGCAUCGUGCCCAUGGAGUACCUGCCAGGGCAGACUGCCGAGACGCUCGGCUUGACAGGACGGGAGCGCUACACCAUUCACAUCCCGAAGGAGCUGCGGCCCAGGAUGACCAUCACUGUGGAGCUUGACUCUGGCAAGAGCUUCAAGGCAGUGGUGCGUUUCGACACUGACGUGGAGCUCGAGUAUUACCGCAACGGAGGCAUCCUCAACUACAUGAUUCGUAGAAUGCUCUGAGUCAUCCCAGCAUUGUUUUGAAUCAAAAAUAAUUUCACAUGCCUUAAAUUGUUGUGCCUAAUCUGCUUAUUCUGAUCCUGCAUUUAAACAGCUGCACUGCCUUAUACAUUUAUUCAGUGUGGGUGGCAUAAUGGUUGUGGCAUCGUGGAGGUAUUUCUGUGCAUUCAUUAACACACAGAGGGUUGGUAUGUUUACUGGCGUUAUUUUCUCUAUGUUUGCAGUUACUAUUCAGCAUUAUGGACGAACCAGCAAAUGUGGUUGUUUCAAUUGUAUUUUUAUUUUAAAUAAUAUUUUCCCCUAGCUUUGCCACACUUUUUUUUACCUCCACUAGUUCAUAUUGAUAUCUAUCGAUAUCAAUAUUUUGCUAUAGAUUUGUUUUAUUUUAAGCUAUACAGUUGCUGUAUACCAAUGGGAGGUAUUAUUAUGACAGAGAACCCCUUUCAGAAGAAAGAGUUUUAUAAUUAUUAGUGCAGUAUUUUUGAAGUCAGAUAUUUGUUGGGACCUAUUCUAGGAGAAUGCUAUCAUGGUGUUUUGUCUCAAGUAAUUUUCACGAAAAUGUAAACUUUUCCGAUACAAUUAUAAUAGCUGACAGCGCAUUAAAACAUGUCUGAAACAUCUUUUAAAAUGUAAAUGAUAGCGUCAGAUUACUGUCUGAAAAUUCAAUAUAUAAUGAAACUAUAUUUUGUAGAAUUGAUUAUGCAAUUGUCUAUUGUCUGAAUGUGAAUGCAUGGGAUUUAAACUCUGAUGGGAGAUCGGCUAUGUUAUCAUAGCCGUGUAGUUGCAGUAUGUCUCAGUAGUAUUAUACAUUCUGUGUAAACUAAAACAAUUAUGAAGGACCCAUGAUUUUAAAAUUAUUUCAAUCACUACUGAAAUUGUAGUCCUGUGAUGUUGGCAUUAAUAUUGAUUCGGAUGUUGGUUCCUGUUAUUGCAAUCAACGUGUUCAUUGUAUGAUUUAAAUAAAAUUGAUUCAAUAGCA